AUGGAUAUUUACGAUCACGUCCAAGGAGACUUGUUCUCCUCCAGUGACCAAACUAAGAAGGAAGAGACGGACCAAAAUGCAAACAAAACUAACCAACCCGCCGUCGAUCUGAACACCGAGCUGCAGGAGACCUUCCGUGCCUUCUCCGCAAGCCCCUGGGGCUCACGCCUCGGCGACCUUUGGGGCAACGUUCGCAAACAAGGCGAAAGUUACUAUGAAGGCGCGCGACAGGAAUACGCCGCCGCCAGCGAAGAAGCGGUCAAGGGAUUCUCCGGUCUGAAAGAUAGCCUUGUUGGGCGAACGAGGGGUCUCUCGCUCAGCACAGCGUUCGGCGCUACUAAUGAGCGAGGAACAACGGACGGCUCUCUAACGCCCACGGAGUCUCGCGCCGCCGACGAUCCCUCCUCCAAGGCGGAACAACAACAGCAGGAUGGGAGCGACAAGAAGGCUACCGCAGGCGAGAGCUUCCUCACUCGUUUCAAGACCGAGGCGGCUCGACGGCUGAGGGAGCUCGAGAAGGCGGAGGAAGCAGCUGACGAGGCGAUUUUGCGGUUUGGGAUGAACAUCACUCAGAAGUUGAAGGAGGCUGUGACCAUUGUUCCGCCUGAGGAAGAGUCUGGGUCCGGGUCGAAGGUGCUUUUCGAGAGCAAGGAUGCUGAGGGGAAGAGGGUUAUCCAUGCGACCCGAUUCGAGGCCCAGCUUCAUGUCAUCCACACGACGCUCGACAGCUUCCUUAAGGACCCCGCUAGUGACGAGUGGCCCGCUUUCCAGAAAUCUUUCAACAUCGACGACAAGACUUCUGCUAUCGCUGCCGAUCUGGAGAAAUACCCAGAGUUGCGCUCUGCGAUGGAGAAGCUUGUGCCAGAGAAGGUUCAGUACGCCGAAUUCUGGUCGCGGUAUUAUUUCCUUCGUCUUGUUAUCGAGACGGAGGAGCAGAAGCGGAAGGAGCUACUGAAAGGAGCCAGCGCUGAGGAAGAGGAAGAAGUAGGCUGGGACGACGAUUCCGACGACGACACCGACUCCCCAACCACGCCGCAAGUAUCGGACAAGACCAAGGCCAACAAGGCCGCUCCUGCACCACCUUCUGCGGACAUCAAGCCCCUGAAACCCAGCGAGCCCCGAAAGUCGAAUGACCAGGGCUCUCAGCCUGAUAGCGAGUCCAGCUACGAUCUCGUCAGCGGUGCCACGAGUCGGACUCCUGCCAGCCCUAAGGAGAAGUCCAAGGACGACGACAGUGAUGAUGACUGGGAGUAG